AUGGAAGUUGCUGGCCUGGUCGUCGGCGGCGUGAGCCUGGCUGGACUAUUCACAACUUGUGUCGACUGUUUUGAAUACAUCCAACUCGGCCGUCAGUUCGGUAAAAAUUAUCAAACGUCUAUCCUAAAACUUGAUCUUCUCAAGCUUCGAUUAUCUAGAUGGGCCGAUAGCAUAAACCAAUCCGACUCACGCAUCUCCGUUCAAUCCGAAGAGGAAAUCGACAAAGUGAAAAGUGUAUUGGGCCAAAUUAUAUAUCUCUUUGAAGAGACGGAAAAGAAGUCCGCCAAGUUCAAGGGUAUGAAAAUAGAUAUUACCAGUGUGCCUGCUGGCGGUUAUCCCGACGCCGAUAUCGAAUCCCUCCACCAGAAGAUGAAGAGCCUUGCAUUAAAGCGCCAGAAACGAAGCAGCUUCGCGCAGAAAGCGUCGUGGGCACUCUAUGAAGAGAAAUAUUUCAAAAGGCUGAUUGAGGACCUCGAACCUUUAGUUAAAGACUUGGUCGAGAUGUUUCCGGCGGUUAAGGAGCAGCAACGACAGCUUAGCAUUGAAGAGGCACAGGAACUGCAAGCAGAGAGGGGAAUAAGUGCCCUACAAGAGGCGAAUGAGGGCGAAGACGAGCUUCUCCGAGAGUCUAUUGCGCAGGCUAUGGCUGGCCAAGGAAAACAUAAGUUUCUGGGGAAUGCUGCUAGCGACGAAGUGCGAGUGAGGUACGGAGACGAAUUCGAGGGCAAACUGGUAGCUACUGGAGCUGGGAGCUUGUAUGAGAAGAACAAGGCAUCGGGUAAAGCUAUAGUGCACUACGGCGAUCACCAUGGGCAAGGUUCCAUAUUUUCAUAG